AUGGCCCAGCCUACCUAUUACAUCGACGAGGAUGUCGGUCAGGAUAUCGCAGAACAGACGGGCGACGAGUCAUCGCCCUACAAAUCCCUCGGAUACGCUGUCCUGACUCGCGGCGAGACUCCCAAGUUCCUUACCCGAAAGAGUGUUACUGGAGAGGUCCCAGAGGGUGCAGAUGCUUCCUCGAGGUUAGAGUGGAAGGAUGUUGCCAAGUCGGCCAUGAAGAAGGCGGUCAACUAUGCAAAGGCGCAGAAGAAGAAGGCUGAGAAGGAGCAGGGACUGCUUGCGCAGCGCUCGAAGGAGGAGGCAGACCGCAACAAGGUCCUUGAUGAGGCCAAGAAGGUCGUCAUAGAAGAGGACAAGAGUCUUCCAGAGGCAAUCAAGAUCAAGCUCGACGACACCGACCCAAAGAAGAUCACGCUAGGAGACGGCAAGGAUACAAAAGGUACACGAGUACGAGUGUUCGGUCGCGUACACCGUGAGCGAAGACAAAAGGAUGUUAUGUUCGUCACCUUAAGAGAUGGUUACGGCUACAUGCAGGUCAUCUUCACUGGUAACCUUGCAAAGACCUAUGAUGCCCUCACCUUGACUCGCGAAACCAGCAUGGAGAUUCUUGGAGAGUUGAGGCAGAUCCCCGCUGGUGCCCACGCUCCCAACAACCGCGAACUACACGCCGACUACUACAAGAUCCACGAUGGCUGGAAGGCAGCUGGUGGCGACGACGCCAUUACCAACAGGGUAUCAAAGGACACUGAGCACGCGACCUUGCUGGAUCUGCGACAUCUCACUCUACGUGGAGAGACUGCAUCCAAGGUCAUGAUUGUCCGUGAUGCGGUCGAAUUUGCAUUCAACCAGGUCUACAAAGAACUUCGACUACGCAAGGUCAGUCCGCCAGCGCUUGUCCAGACCCAGGUCGAGGGUGGUGCCACGCUCUUCAAGUUCGGCUACUAUAAUGAGGAGGCCUACCUUACCCAAUCUUCUCAGCUAUACCUUGAGACAUGCUUGCCAUCAAUGGGAGACGUGUACUGCAUUGAAAAGUCCUUCCGUGCUGAAAAGUCAUUGACCCGUCGUCAUUUGGCCGAGUACACGCACAUUGAGGCCGAACUCGACUACAUCAACUUUGACGAUCUGCUCACCCAUCUCGAGGAGGUCAUGUGCCGUGUUCUAGACGUCACAAUGGCCGACCCCGUUGUCAAGCAAUACAUCAUGGACCUCAACCCCGAGUUCAAGGUCCCCGAGCGCCCAUUCAAGCGCAUGAAGUAUCAAGAAGCUAUCGAUUGGCUCGUUGAGCACAACAUCCCCAACGAAGAUGGCGAGCCCCACAAGUUUGGCGACGAUAUCGCUGAAGCUGCAGAGCGUAGGAUGACAGAUAUCAUCAACAGGCCCAUCUUCCUGACACAUUUCCCUACGGAGAUCAAGGCCUUUUACAUGCUGAAGGACAAGGAAGACCCAAGGGUAACAGAGAGUGUGGAUUGCCUGAUGCCCGGUGUUGGUGAGAUUGUCGGAGGUAGCAUGAGGAUGGACAACUACGAUGAGUUGAUGGCUGCGUUCGCCAGGGAGCAGAUUGAUCCUGCGGCAUACUACUGGUACACUGACCAGAGGAAGUACGGCUCUUCUCCCCACGGCGGUUAUGGUCUCGGUCUCGAACGCUUCCUCGCCUGGCUAUGCAAGCAACACACUGUCCGCGACUGCUGCCUGUACCCACGCUACUUCGGCCGCUGCAAGCCUUAA